UUUAUUAGCUUACGCUGAAACUGAAGAUUAUAAAGCUCAUCAAAUGAGCUCUUCUACUUCCUUAAUUUUCCUCUUCCAUUUCUCUCUUAAUUUAAAAUUACAUAUCUUCAAUCUUAGAUUCUCUCAGACGAUUCACACAAUCUUUUAAUUUUUCAAAAACUAUUAUUUCCUCUGUUUAAUCUAUCUUAGAUUUGCUUCGGGCUCAGUUUAUCUGAGAGAGUUAUGGCGUUCGCAAAUAGAGGUUUCAGCAAGUUUCACGGCAAAGAAGAAGCGUUAGGGUUAGGGUUUGUGAGGAUCACAAGAGGAUUAGGGAGGAAAAGGAUUCUGAUAUCGAAAUCAAAUCAAGAAAACGUUUCAAAUUCCGAUCAAAAUCUGUUGAAGAGAUCUAAAAGUGAAACAACAGAAUCCAAUAACUCUGUUCUUGAAUCUCUGCAUCAGGAUAUUUUGAUUCGAGUACUUUGUCAUGUGGAUCACGACGACCUAGCCAGACUAAAACGUGUAUCUAAAACAAUCAGAAAUGCUGUUUUAGAAGCAAAGAAGUCGCAUUUUGAUUAUAGCACACCUAAAAAGGCUCUGUCUUUUCGAGACCCAUUAGUUACCCUCAACGAAGAUUCAAAUUCAAAUUCUACGAGUGAUCAAGAUGAUGAGAUUGAACCUCCUAAUGCACCAACUCGAAGGAAGAACGUUAGUCGUGAAUCAGGUUUGUCGAAGAUCUCUAUGGUAUUGUUUAAAUGAGGAACCAGUGCAGAACAUGAAGACAUAGAGUUCUCUUUUGCUUCAAUCCUUAGCACUGAAGCUAUUUAAAAUUCAAGUUUAUUAUAUUUACUAAUCCAUGUGAAUAUAACAAUUAUUUGCAGACUUUGUAAGAUUAAAAUAUUAAUCUGUAAAUAAUUCAUUUGGGUUGUGAUCAGACUUCAGAGUAUCCUAAGUAUUGAUUUUGUCCUUUUCAAUAAAAUUUGUUUAAUUCUGCUA